AAUAUUCUUUGUUCAAGUCCUCUCUACUGCAUUGCAGUGAAAUCAAUGAUCCGCGACGUAUUGUAUCUUAACGCCUAUUCCUAUACUCACGAUAUAUUUAGUACUGAAUGUACUAAAUCACCAAGUGCUCUGAUAGUAUAUGUGAUAUAUUUCUGAACGGAAGUGCUUAGUGUAUGUUCAAGAAUGAUGCUUUCUCUGUUUAAACCGAUUUCACGAUAUACUAUGGUGAGAAUUUUAAAUCAUCAUAACUAUCCACGAUGUUUUUCUAUAUUUCACGCUAAAUUUAGUGAUCGAUGUCACAAGUCAAACAUCCAAACAAGAGCUAAUCAUUCUCAUGCAAUCAAUGUUGCUCACAUGUAUAAUCCCGGCGAAGUUCCAUUGUUGGAUAAAACUAUCGGACAGAUACUCGGUGAAGCUGCUGCAACAUGGCCCAAACAAACUUGCAUUGUUUCGCUUCAUCAAAAUAUUCGAUUAACAUUCUCCGAUCUUCUUCGACGUGUUGACGCGUUCGCUGCUGGUCUCAAGAAAUUAGGCAUGAAGAAGGACGAUCGACUGGCCAUUUGGGGUCCGAAUGAUCUCGAAUGGUUCCUAACAUCUCUGAGUGCAUCACGAGCGGGAUUAAUCGUCGUCGCGAUUAACCCAGCUUAUCAACAAAAUGAAUUAAUAUAUUGUUUGCAAAAAGUUGGAGUAAAAGCAAUUGUCUCACCAAUUGCCUUCAAAACGCAGAAUUAUCCGAGAAUGUUAUUGGCUGCCAAAAAAGUGUGUCCAACUGUGAAACAUAUUAUCAUUCAUUCGCCCGAUCACGUAACCGGCACUCAUCGUUUCACUGAUGUUGAGACUUCGGCAACGAAAACGGAAGUAGAAGCGAUUGCCGCCGAGCAGACCGAGAUAUCGUGUUACGAUGGAUGCAAUAUACAGUUUACAUCCGGUUCUACCGGCAAACCCAAAGCCACUCUCCUUUCACAUAGGUCUAUUGUAAAUAACAGCAAAGCGAAUGCACAAAGAGCGAAAUUAAAUACCGAGAACAAAAUAUGUUUAAAUGUACCAUUCUUCCACGCUUUCGGGUUAUCAAUGGCCAAUAUACUCAUCUUACACACUGGAAACACUCUCGUUGUGGAAGAACGUUCCUUCAAUCCGAUAAAAACUUUGAAGGCGAUAGCGCAAGAAAAGUGCGCCAUAACGUAUGGAACGCCAACUAUGUGGGCAAACUUACUCGAGGCACAACAGAAGUUGCAGCUACCGAUAGAUAGUCUUCAGGCUGGAAUUGUAGGUGGUGCACCAGUUUCUUCUGAAUUUUUCAAGCGAAUACGAAGGACACUCGGUUUUAAUGACAUAAUGAGCAUAUUUGGUCUUACGGAAACGACAGCUGUAGUAUUUCAAUCGAUACGCGGAGAGGAUAAUCACUUGGCUGAAAAUACUGUGGGUUAUUUAUCGGAUCAUGUCGAAGCAAUGGUUGUCGAUAAAAACGGUUUGCCUGUCCCCUUCGGAAAACCUGGCGAACUUUGGAUACGCGGAUAUUGCACUAUGUUAAAGUACUGGGAUGAUGAAGAAAAUACAAGAAAGACAUUGACGCAGGACGGUUGGUUAAAAACUGGCGAUCAAUUCAUCUUGCAAGAAAACGGAUAUGGUGUUAUAAUCGGAAGAUUAAAAGAUAUGCUUAUUCGGGGAGGAGAAAAUAUUUUCCCUAAGGAAAUCGAAGACUUCCUAACGAGUCAUCCUAAAAUAAUGCAGGCACAAGUUAUAGGGGCAUACGACGAAGUCUACGGAGAAGAAAUUUGUGCGUGCAUUCAACUUAGCGAAAAUGCGAAGAUGACAAAAAAUGAAUUGAUAGAUUAUUGUAAAGGUAAAAUAGCGCAUUUCAAAAUACCGCGUUAUGUGCAUUUUGUAGAUGAAUAUCCAAAGACCGCUAGUGGAAAAAUUCAGAAAUUCCUUUUAAAGAAACAAUUGGAGAAUAGUGGUAUAACACCGGCGCCACCAAAACAUUUAUAGUAACUAAUUUUAGCAAAAGUUUUAUAAAAUUUAAUCUUUAAUACUAUAUAUUGUAAAACAAUAUUAUUAAAAUAUUACUCAAAUUAAAAAUCAUAAUUUAAUGUUAUUUCUCAAAUAAAUGUUAUCAAAAGCA